UGUGAGCUUCUCUUUACAGUUGCAUAUCAAACACGGAAUUAAUAGCGAUUUUUCCCCCUUUAAUGAUAUUAAUGGAAUAACGUACGUGUCGUAACGUGUAUCAGCAUGUACAGUGGUCUUCUGCCCAAAGGUUUGACAGAAGACGACCUUAGUCCGGAUGACCAAGAAGAACAAGAGGAGCGUGAAAAUGAGCUCGUGGAAGACAACGAUGGCUCCGUUGCCAAGACACCUACGGUUAUCGAUGCCAAAAAUGAAACGACAAGCUCCCUGCCGGGUAUUUCACAGGAAAUGUGGGAUGUAUGUUUUAGUCUAUAUACUGCUUAUCAAAUUUAACGUGCUACGAAAGAAGAAAGAAGAGACGAUGAUGACGAAAAUCCCGAGGAAAAAAAGAAGAAAAAGACAAAACAAGAAAGGAACCAAAGGCGAACAGCCAGCAGAGACGAGCAGAGAGCGUCAAGAGGAGUUGGAGAAGCACUGGGAUGGGCUUAAGCAAUAUUUUGGUGUAAAUGAUCGAUUUCAUCCCCCUGCAUGUUCUAAACCCCCACCAAAGUCCGGCCUAGAAAAGAGCAUAGAGAAGGCCAUCGCUGAAGGGGACACUGCAAAGGCGGAGGAGAUGAGCGACAGACUCGCCACUCGAGAGCUGGCUGUGAAAAUCGCCGAAGCCACUGAUUGCCGUGACUUUGUGCAGCGCAAACAGGAAGAGGACGCUUUGAGGGCAGCGAAGAAAAGGAAGAAGCAAAUAGCUUGGGGGUUCGAGGCAAAAAAACGCUGGGAAACCAAAAGCAACAUGGGCUACAUGUGAGCAAGAUUUCAGGAGUGAAGAUUUCUUUUAUUUUUUUUAAUUGAAUAAAACUCAGUUUGUUAUGGCAAACUGAUAUGAUUUAGUUUUAUGUUUUUGCACAGUUGAGAGAAUUAACAGCCGCAAGAGUGUGUUUAGCUGAGGGCGGAAUAGAAAAUCCAUCUGAAAGCGCGAAAAAAAAAAUGGGACAUUUAAAUUAAUUCCCUAGGCGUCCAUUGGAGUCUGCAUUGUGUUAGUUUUCCAUUACAUUUCAGUGAUUUGAGCGUUCUGGCCUUCAAAUUAAAUCUGCUGUACAUUACUGGAUGAUGCGUUUAUUUAUUGCUGUAAAGUGGGUUAAUCAUGAAGGCGCUCCUUUCUUCUCCCCGGGAAGAGAAAGGAAAGAUUAGGCCCCUAAUGCAAUGUACAGGAUAAUGUGCGAUAGGAUUUGUGUGAAGAAAAUGAAAUUUGCCUGCUGUAAAUUGUUGUUAGCUAACAUAAACUGCAAGUUUAGAGAGCGGCUGAGUGUGGGGGGGGGGGGGGGGGGGUGCGCCAGAGACAUGAAACGGAGGCUUUGCUUUGCUGUUGGCCGUCUCCCAUGCUGGGAGACAUACUAUUGUUUCUGCUUCUGAACAACAGGCACGCGUUUCUUGAAGCCUCCACUCGGCGCUCUUUGUGCGAUGAGCGCUCUUCAGCAUGUUAACUAGUCUAAAACUGUGACUUUGAUCUUUUUUUUUCCUGCGCUUUUGCCUACCAAGCUGCUUUUAAAUGAUCUUUCUGAUUCUUGCAACUGUUAAUUCUAAACAGCUUUGGAAUAAUUACUUGUAUUCAUAAUGCUUGUGUAGUUGUUUUUCUAACGGUGGGAAAUAAUUUCUUGCUUUCAGGUGCUUGAGGACUUGAAAUGGGAAUUGAAAUUGAAACAUAAUUGGGAUUUAGUAUUCCUUUCAUGCACGAAAUAUUUUGUGUGUGCGUGUGUGUUAGGCUGACAGCGUACUAAAUAGCUAGCCAGUAUCCACUGUAGUUUGGGGCCAUUUAUGAUUACAUCAGGUUUAGGUUUUCCCCCACAAUGUUUUUGAAAAAUAAAAAAAAAAUAGAAUUGAGACGUAACAUAUAUACGGUAAAGAAGAGCCCGGUUGCCCGCCAGGCUUAUAAAGCGCUGGGGAGACAUCCUGACAUUGCUAGGACAGAAUUAUACCCAAGCAAUUUUAAUGUGCUUCCAAUGCUGUAAAUUGCUUAGAAUAUGUGCUAAUUAAUCCAUUAAUUAUCUCUGUAAUGCGACGUGAGUCAAAACUCUGUUAAGCACAUCAAAGUACAACAUGGGAUUUUUCUUCACUUUGAUGACCGCAAUGAAAAACAUCAAUUGAGGAAACUUGAGACGUUCAAUUAACAAUAUGAAUUGUCGAGCCUUCAAAAGUUGUGAUGACUUUGUCGAUCACACCGACGAGUAUGUUGUGCGGAUCCCAAAAAGUACUUGAAAUAGCACCUUAAUAUGAUUGUACUCUUUCCUCCACCAUUUUUCUUACAAUCUCUAUAGCACUAUUCACUAUUCUAAUUAACAAGUAAUUAGCAAAUAUGCUGGCGCUAACAACAUGAGGUGUCUGAGGGAGUCCACCUAAAUUAGAAGUGAUUUGCAGUUGCCAUGGCAAUAAAAUGGUGUACACCUUUUUUCUUAUUCCAGUAAAAGCCAAAUGACUAUAGCCUGCAUGAUAUGUUCGAAACACACUCUUGACUGGUGAAGAUCUGCAAUAUUAAGAGAACAUGUUUUUUAAAAUAAUAAUAUUAAUAGUAUUUGCCUUAUUGGCCCGAAUAGACGGCCUUGAAUAUAAGACGACCCCCUCUUUUUCAAGACUCAAGUUUCAAAAAAGACUUUUUGAACACCGAAUUAAUUUUUAUACAGAAAAUAAUUAUAGUACAUCUGAAACAAAUGAUUAUUACAAUAUAUUUGAGAGAAAAAGCAUGUUAUUUUGUCUCAUUCAAAUCUUAAUAUCUGAACAUUUAAAUAUGUAAACUAAAGUGCAAUCACAUUCGUAAAUGAAUGGUUUAUUUACAUUUCAAAAACCAGAAGCCAAUCUAUUUUGAUAAAACAACAAAAUUGCAAUAACUGCAUUAACCAUCAAAGUGAAGUUUAACUGUAGUCUUGAAACAAAUCUGAAUAAGGAAAAACAUUGCAAUAAAAUAAUGCAAACUGGUUAAACUAGUAGCUGAGAUCUGUCAUGACAGAACAUUGCUUCACUGAUAUCUGGCACCAUCUAGCGUUGUGAAUGGGUAUAACGUCUAGACCGCGAAUAUAAGACGACUCCCACUUUUUCUGUCUUAUUUUAAAGCUAAAAACACCAUCUUAUAUUCAGGCCAAUAAGUCACGGUUCGGUACGUACCUCGAUACAGGGGUCACGGUUUGGUAUGAGUUUGGUACAACUGGGAAAACCGAAAGCCUUUUUUUAUCACAACAUUUGAAAGUUACAAUUUGUUGUAUUGGCUAAAAUCAUAGUAAAAUGUAUUCAAUAGUCCUUUAUAAACCCGAAAGGUCCUCAAAGUGCUUUACAACAACGAAAAAUAGUUCAUGAUAAAUAAAAGGCAGGAAAGUAUUAUACAAUAAAAUUAAGAAAAAACAAAACAAAAACAACACACUGGGUUAAAAGUCAAAACAGAAAAUAAAACAGAUGAAAUCCGAAAACAUUAAAACCCUUAAGAAACAUAACCAGGCUACCCGGAUAAAAGGAAGGUCGAAAAAAAGUGGGUCUUUAAUCGCAAUUUUUAAAAAAUGAUGCAGAUUUCAGGAGGCAGUCUAUUCCACAACCUGGGGUCGGACAAGAUCAAUCACACCACUGUUUAAGUCUCGACCUUGGAACUUGCAGAAGAAACUGGCCUGUAGAAUGAAGAGCCCUGCCAGAGGUACACAGGGUUAAAAUCUCCGACAAAUAAGGAGCCUGGCCAUUAACAGAAGUAAAAACAAACAGUAAAAAUUUAAAAUAAAUUCUAAAUAAACUGGAAGCCAGUGGAGCGAUGGUAGAAUGGGGAUAAUAUAUUUACGUCUGGGUGUAAAACUAAAAAAAACAUCUCUUAUUUAGGUGCAAAAUAAAUAGGCGAAAACAUCAAACUCAAUGUGUUUUUUCUAACAUUCUUAAUUCAAAGUUUAUGUGCAAAAAUGGACAACACACCCUUUUUUGUGGGGAUCAACAGAUUUACCAGUAAGGUAAGGUAGCACUCGCCAACUGGCAACCUUGGUAAUUUUUUUAUUUUUUCUGGGAUAAAAAUAAAAUUGUCAAUUUUGGCUUACCCACAGUUAACUGUAAACCAUUACAAGUGAACAUACACUCCCACAUAAGAUGUGUCUGCCGUCUAUUUUUAUAUUGGCUAAAAUAAAAUGUGCAAAUAGUUCCAAAACUGGAAAAGCCUCUCUUGAAAAAGUGCAAAAAUAGAUACUCAGUGUUUCAAUGACUCAAGACUCAGAUUAGAACAAAAUAAAACAUUUCCUGAUUUGAAAAUAUAAAAUAAAUACCCUUCAAAAAGUGUUUGUAAUAGUUGCCACUCUGUACAUUCGCCAUAACUUUCCAAGUAGUGAUGUAUGAUAACUUUUCAUCUGUUUAGGUUUGUCUUCUUUUUCUCGAAAUGUCGGUUGUUGGUUUAGGCGCAUUACCUCUACCGCCCCCUGGAGUAAAGUCGAACUCUCCGACAGUUUUUUUUUUUUUUUUUUUUUUACUCAAAUGUAUUAGCUGUCUGAUUGCGUGCGCCGAACUGUGAUGCCCGUACAACGGUACAGGACGAAUACAAUACCGUUACACUGUUAGUAUUUACCCUUCCACAUAGACUUCACUAUCAUUUGACGAGACGGCUCUUACAGACAUUGCGCCACGGUUUCCCGUAGGGGGCAGGGCCAGGCAGAUCUUCAGGCUGCUUUUUCUGCGAUAAACACAAGCUGCAUUCUACCGCCGGAUUUAGGUGGAACAGGACAAAAGUUUUAGUGCAUAAAAGCAGGCAGGAGUGUCUCAAGAGUGAUUUGGUCGAGGAUUCAAAGUAAUUAUUAUAUAAAAUGGCACCAUGCAUGCACUUGGAAACGUGAAAAAAAUGAAUUGAAAAAAUUUACGUAGGUUUAGCUUGAAAUACGUUUUUACAUAAAAUGAAUGAUAACUGCCCAGUUUUUUGCUUUUAACCAAGCAUCCAGACUGUUUUACGUUCAUAUGUAGUAAUUCCAGGAAUUACGUAUUUAUUGACAAAAAUUUUCAACUUAAAAACUUUGUUUUGUGAUGGCCGCCAUGUUGGAUUUUGUAUCCUUACACAAUAGCAUAACUUUACAUUCAAAUAAACUGGCAAUUUUUGUUCAACUGCCUGUUUUUUUUCCCCCAAAAAAUAGUAAUUUAGAUAUUUCUGCGUCCAUCCAAAAACAGUUAGGCUUUUACGUGUUUUAUUUUAUGUAACAUUUCAAUCUAAAAAAUGACGAGGGCCAGAUAGCCGGCAAGACGUGCUGAGGCAAUAGUGACAUUAGAAUUCAACCUAAAUAAGUGGUGAUUGUAUUUGGCGGAAAACAGACAAGGCUGAAAAAGCAGUUUCUGCUCUUGCACCCCUCUUUAAAAUAUACUGCAGUAUUUUAAGCCAAAAGAACUGUUGUGUUUGGUAGACCAACAUGUCUAUAUGCUAUCAUUGCGGAUUCAUGGCGCAUUAAGCCCCUGAACUAUUUUUAAUAUGUGCGUUUUACCCUGUAGACCCCCGUUUACAGACGUCGUUCAACCGCUUUUGUUUCAACCCAGCCAUAAAAAGAAGGUAAGUAAUUAUAUUUAUUAUUCGAUUAUUUAUUAUUAGCUCAGAAUCAUUAAUUAAAAAAAAAUAAUAAUAAAAAAACGGCUUCAUAAAAUUAUUCACUCGCAUAUUUUAAUUUAAUUUAACUUUUAAACAAAUUACGUCACAAUGGAAACAGUGUCUGUAAAUAAGUCACGGAUAUCUACCUCAUAACUAUCGCUUAAUUGUAUUUUUUUUUGUCACUGUUGCAUUUCCUACAAUAUUUUAGAUGAUAAAUAAUCAUUCCAAACAAAGAAACAUUGAAAAAAAAAAAUCUUUAAAAAGGUAAAUAAAUGAAAAAGAAAAUCUCGACCACUCCUUGAUGUCUGUGAUUUCUGCAUCACUACCCUUGUUAUAUUACCAUGUUUCACCGAUAAAAUCCACCGAAAAAUCCGGCUGUGGCCAUUCAUAGCUGUGUCUUGAAACCCGGUGAUACAUGCUACAUGGAGUUUUUGGAUCGAAAAGAGGUAAGUAUGCGAUAAUAUCUUAUUAAAAUCAUGGCAUCUUCAUGCCCUCGCAUGCUCACUUCCAGGUAGGGUUUUGCUGUUUAUUUAUUUUUUAUAAAUGCCCUCCUGUUCAAAAUUCAAAAUUUUUCUUCCCCCUAAAAAUUUAGAUUUUAAGCUUUCCAAUGAUAUAUCACACAUGCAUAUAAGACACAUUUGAAAUUUGGCCAAAUAGGGGGUUUCAGAGCAGAGCUUCAAGUCACCUGAGUAUUUUCCGCCAAAUAGAAAAAUACAAAAUUUGAUUUUGUUGAGUAAAGUUAAAAUGAUUCUGCAUGCUUUCCUCAAUUUUUUAGUUUCUGAUGUGAAAAUUGACGGAUUUAUUAGCUGUUGAAAACGUGUCAAAUUAAAAAAAAAAAAAAUUUAGUCACUAUUUCGGGCAAAAACGUGAAGGACAUGUUAAAUUUUGCUAUUGAUACAGAAAUUAUAGAUUAUCUCUGCAUUUGGUGAUUUUUGUGCAUGUAGCGUAAAAUCUGACAAUUUUAUAGCCAUUUUUUGUUAUACUUUUGUAAAAAAAAUAUAUAUAUAUAUAUAUAUACAACAAAUCUGGAUUUUAUUAGGGAACGACUUUGAAUUUUUUGAUGCCGCUGCUCACGGAGACUAAUAUACUGCAUAUCUAAGGAAGGUGCCUGUUUUGGUUUUAGGUCGCUUUAGGCUGUGGUUUUGAAAAUAUUUAUAUAAUAGAGUUAUAUAAUACAGCGCCCCAUUUCCCGUCAACUGAUAGAGAAGUCUAUGCCUUCCCUAUUCUUUGAAUUAAUUUUAAAACUUAACCAUUUAAAGGUCACUCACUUAACUCAUUGGCUACCAUUGGCAAACAAGAAAGUAACCCGAAAUUGCCCCAAAACUAACAUGACGUAACCCAUAGGAGAGCUAGUUUUCUGGCUAGUAUUGCUGUGUUAGUCAGGGAGUUUAAGUCCUCUUAAUGGGACACCAAUAACAAUGAUGAAUGAAUAUCAUACUUAAGCACCUCCCCUCUGAUCACAUCAAGGGAAAAAAAGGCUAAACCAACAAAAUUCAAAGUGUAUUUGUUUAUAAACGACUUUAAAAAAAAAUUUUAUGCCGCUGCUCACGGAGACCCAUAUAUAUCUAAGCAAGGACGUAGGUUUGGUCUCAACAUUGGUAGGGACAAUAUAACAAUAACCUGCAGGUACACUUUUUGCUGAGGACGGGACCGAACAGAUUAUUGAACAGUGGUCAGAGCCAUAUUUCAUACGAAUAUGAACUUAAUUAAGAGGUCACGGAACCGUGGACCUCGGUCCGGUUCCGGACCCCCAAGCCGUCUGGACUGGAUCUCAAGCUGUCGCGACUAAUAAACAUUGCAACAACAAAAAUCAUUUUUGUCUGCGGGUUUGCAGAGCGGAGGUGGGCAACAAACAAAAAACAUAGCGGUGACGUGCGUGAGCCAGCCAAUGGGAGUGAAGCAUUUGAAAGUUAUUUUUAGAACAACAGGUUGGAGUGACAGCCAAAAACUGAGCCGAAUGAAGUUGGAGGAAGAGGCGAAAAAGGUACGGCAAAUGGCGUGCUCAAAACUACGCAAGAUUGAUGCAGAAAACAGUGUUUAAGGAGGAGUGGACCAACACAUUUUUGUUCAUUUUACCUGGCGGCAGCACAAGACCGCUAUGGCUCAUCUGUUCAGAGACAAUAGCACCUGUAAAGAGCAGCAAUUUGAAAAGGCACUAUGAGACGAAGCACGCAGCUUUUUCGCAAAGUUUCCCUAUGAACUCUGCCAUCCGUUCUCAAAAAAUAGCGGAAUUAAGGGCUCAAUAUGAUCGCACCUCAAGGCUCAUGGUUCAUUCAUUCACUGCACAGCAACGCGCAAAAGAAUGCUCCCUCAGAAUAGCGUGGAUAUUGGGUCAAAACAAAAAGUCUUUCAGCGACUCACCGAUUGUCAAAGAUUGUAAGAGUGCAGUUGCAGAAACUUUGCUUCAUGGAAAGCAAAAAGAAGAGGUCUGUCAAAAAAAAAAAAAAAAAAGCAAGUCCCCCUGUCAGCAUCCACAAAAAAAAAAAAAAAAAAGUCUUGAAUAUGCUCUUAUGUUGCUAUUUAAUGAUUCAAUUAAAGCAGUUUUUUAGUUUUAUGCACGUUUUAUAUUUUAUUUACAUUUUUUAAUGUUGUAAUUAUCAGCAUGACCACGUAAAGAUACGUUUGUA